AGUGCUUUGUUUUAUGUUGUUGUUGUUUUUUCAUAAACCUAAUAAAUCACAAACAAAAUUUUUUGUAAAAGACGAAAAAUGGAUUUAUCAGAAAAUGGAAAAGAUGACGAAAAAUUUGCUGUUUUCACCCACGAUGGACUACUCAGUGAAAGUUUGCCAUUAAUGAGAGAAAUAAGACGACAGGGUAAACUUUGUGAUGUUACCCUCAAGGUAGAGGAUCAAUCCUUUUCUGCUCACAGAAUUGUCCUUGCUGGUGCAAUUCCAUACUUUUAUGCAAUGUUUACCAACAACAUGGCAGAGAGUAGGAUAAAAGAAAUCACUAUGAAAGAAAUUGAACCAUGUGCCCUAGAGAGUCUUAUCAAUUUUGCCUACAGUGGUACUGUUCGUAUUGAUAAUCAAAAUGUACAGAGCCUUAUGGUGGGUGCCUCAUUUCUGCAACUAAAAAAAGUGAGAGACGCUUGUGCGGAUUUUCUUAUUUCAAGGUUCAAUCCCCACAAUGUGUUGGGAAUCAGGCAGUUCGCUGACUCUUUAGCCUGUACCCACCUGGUUCAAUCGGCCGACAAAUAUAUAGAUUAUAACUUUUCUAAGGUUUCAGACUCGGAAGAAUUUCUUACUUUAAAUUAUGAUGAGUUGAUUGAUCUUAUUCGUCGAGAUGAAUUGAACGUACUAACAGAGGAGAAUAUUUUCGAAGCUUGUAUGCGAUGGGUUAAGUACAGCGAAGACAAGAGGUCUGUUGUAUUCCCACAAGUUUUGGCUCGGGUUCGGCUGCCAUUGCUAUCGCCGCAGUUUCUUGCUGAUCGUGUUGCACGUGAAGAAUUGAUUCGCACAUCACACCUUUGUAGAGAUUUGUUGGAUGAAGCUAAGGAUUUCCACCUAAUGCCAGAACGCAGAGGAUUGCUCCAGAGUUUUAGAACUCGUCUUCGUUGUUCUGAUUUUUUGGUAGGCCAUAUUUUCGUCGUGGGUGGUUUGACAAGUAAUGGAGAAUCUGUAAGUACAGUGGAGAUUUACGAUCCAGUAACAAAGAAAUGGGAAAUGGGCGAACAAAUGUCAAUGAUGAGGUCCAGAGUAGGUGUUGCCGUCAUUUGUGGCAAAUUAUACGCUUUCGGUGGUUUCAAUGGCACCGAACGUCUAUCAACUGUUGAAGUGUAUGAUCCUAAAUUGAACAAAUGGUCUCAAGGCAGAGCAAUGCUUGAUAAACGCAGCGCUGUUGGUGUUGCUACUUUGGAUGAUUGCGUUUAUGUUUGCGGUGGUUAUGAUGGUGUAACAUCGUUAAACACUGUGGAAUGUUACAACGCAAAGACAGAUACUUGGAAAAGAGUAGCUCCAAUGAUGAAAUACCGUUCAGCAGGAGGUGUUGCUGCACUUAACGGUCUAGUUUAUAUUCUUGGCGGCCAUGACGGCUUAUCGAUUUUUGACUCAGUCGAAUGUUACGAUCCGGUAAAGGAUGUUUGGGUAAAAAUUAAGUCCAUGUUAAGCAGGCGAUGUCGUUUAGGAGUAGCCACACUUAAUAAAAAACUGUACGCUUGUGGAGGAUACGAUGGAAACUCGUUCCUGCGAUCGGUUGAAGUGUAUGAUCCUAACACAGACACAUGGAAACUAGUAAAGUCAAUGCAUUGCAAAAGAAGUCGUGUUGCUCUCGUUACUAAUAUGGGAAAACUUUGGGCUAUCGGAGGUUAUGACGGAGAAACAAAUCUGUCUACUGUUGAAGUCUAUGAUCCGGCAACUGAUGAAUGGGUGAUUGUAUCGCCUAUGCUUGCCCACAGUGGUGGUGUUGGAGUUGGCGUCUUGAAAAUUUAAUGAUAGAGAACGUUAUCGUUAUCGUUGUUGAUUUACUUCCCAACAAAUCUGAGCUGUUAAAUAUCAUCUUCAGCUAAUGUUUGUUCAAAUUUUGACUGGAAUACACUGCAAUCUGUUAUAAUAUCCUUUUGUAGUUCGCCAAUGUUGACGUUGUUGAUUUUGAUAAUUUAAGUUUUUAUGUUGCUCGGGUUGAUGCAAACAUUGAAACUAAAUAAAACCACUUUAGUCACUAUUCAAUUAAUUAAGUUUUUAAGUUUAUUGUAAGUACCUAUUCAUUCCAAAAUUCGUUUAUAAAAAUAAAAUGCAUAUAUUGUUUAUUGGGCAUUUAAAAAAAAUACGUUUUUAACAUUAUAUUCGAAAUCAUGAGUCAUAAGAAUUUGAAAUAUAUAAAUAUAAUAAAUAUAUAAACAAAUUGCAUGAAUA